AUGGCGAGCUUAAAUGCUUAUCCUUUCAAUUUCCAGUCAGAUUUCCAAAAUUAUCCUCGUGGGUAUACAAAUGCACGCCCAUCUGCCCCACUUCUGCAGCCGUAUCCAAAUCCGGAUCCAAGAUAUCCCCAACAGCCUUAUCAGCAGCCUCCACCCUACAGACCAGCAUUUCCAGCCAAUUUAAAAAUCGAAAAAUCAAUAUCAAGGCUUUACAAGCUCUCGAGAAUUAUAAAUGCUAUAUGUUUUAUUUCUGGAGGACUUGGCUUCAUCAGUUCCCUCUACUGGUUUAAUUAUAUUACCUAUCAGCAAUAUGAUGCAAAUAAUCCUUCUAGUCCCUUGUUCGCUCUGAUUGCUGCUGGCAACUUUGGAGUCUUUAUAGCAUCUGCUUUAGGAAUCAGAGCAGCCCAUCAUAAGACAGUCAGAGCAAUUAAAACUUACUUAUGAGCGUUCAUCCUUCUAGCAAUAUGCAUAAUUGUAGGAUCAUUUCUCGUAUACCAUGCUGACUCUAGCCUUUCCUCAAGCUCAGAAGUAAAAAAUAUGAAAAAUGAGCCCGAUUUCACCAAAGCUAACAUUGAAUUAGGAAAUUUCCAUAGCUCAAUUUUAUAUAGAGGUCACUCUCUUCCAAGACCUAAGCCACGUUUGGAAUCAUGGAAAGAAAUCAAAGAUAGAAAAUGGAAUAAAACAAUAAAAGUCAAAGCUGAAUAUUUAGAAGCAGGGGAAAAUGAAAAUAGUUUUGAUGAUGAUUAUACUGAACCGAGCUUUGAAGAAAGUAUAAACUAUGCAUGGAUAAAUGCAGCUGUAAUUGCAGCUAUAUUCUUUUCAUAUUCUAUCUUACUCCCCCUCCCCUCCGUGAGCGAACUAAACUAUUGAAAAAUUCCCUAUUUUUGGUCAAAAACCCAUCCUCGGAACAAAAAUUUUUUAUGGAAAAAAAAAUUAUAUAUAAAUUAUAAUUAUUAUAAUGAAAUCUAUAGCUAAUUCUGUUUAAUUUUAAACCAAUUGCGCUUUAAAACAUAAAUUUUAAAUUAAAUUAAUAUUUGCUUUCCAAUUUUUUCGAAUUAGGAUUUUUUUAAAAAAAAAUAAAACUCAGUGAGCGAACAAGAUUUUUUGUUCACUCACGGAGGGGGGAGUUAGGCAAAAAAUUCCUCAAAGCAGCUAAAAAAUACGAAUCCUUAUGCUCUCAAAAUAAUUUUAAUUUUCAACAACUGAUACAGCCAACACCUGCUUACGUGCUCGCUCAACAUCCACAAAUGGCAGUAGCUGGCUCUCGUGUUAAUUAA